CGCGCGAGAAAUACCCGUUGCUGUGCCGGAGGCACCCUUGGCACCAUGUACAAGUUCAAGGAGAUUCAAACCAUACCGCCAGCAAAACAGCUGGUGGAUAUUGUGCUCUCGAAGACCCAACGCAAGACACCCACAGUGGUGCAUCCAGGCUUUAAGAUUACUCGAAUCCGGAACUUCUACAUGCGAAAGGUGAAGUUCUGUCAGACGAGUUACAACGAGAAAUUCUCCAAAAUCCUCGAAGAGUUUCCCAAGAUCGAUGACAUCCAUCCCUUCUACGCUGAUCUCUGCAAUGUGCUGUACGAUCGCGAUCACUUCAAACUGGCUUUGGGACAGGUGAACGCGUGCAAAAAGGUGGUGGACGGGAUUGCCAAAGAAUACGUCAAGAUGAUGAAAUUUGCCGACAGCUUGUAUAAGUGCAAGAUGUUGAAACGUGCUGCGCUCGGCCGGAUGUCGACCUCUGUCAAAAAGCUCCAGGGCGCCUUGUCCUUCCUGGAAGAGGUGAGACAACACUUGGGCCGAUUGCCAGCGAUCAAUCCUGCAACAAGGACACUGAUUCUGACAGGCUACCCCAACGUUGGGAAGUCCUCUUUCAUGAACAUUGUCACCAAUGCCAAUGUGGAUGUCCAGCCGUAUGCUUUCACCACCAAGUCCCUGUUCAUUGGUCAUUUGGACCACAACUACGUGAAGUGGCAGGUGAUUGAUACUCCCGGCAUCUUGGAUCAUCCUCUGGAGGAGCACGGUGACCCGAUGCAGCGGAACCUCGAUCGCAACAGUAUUGAGAUGACCGCCAUCACGGCUCUGGCGCAUCUGCCGGCAGCCAUCCUGUUCUUCGUGGACAUUUCGGAGCAUUGCGGCUUCAACUUGUCCACCCAGGUGGCCCUCUUCCAUUCCAUCAAACCCCUCUUUCGGAAUCGUCCUUUGCUCAUCAUCCUCAACAAGACGGACCUGCGGAAGAUCUCUGAGCUUUCCGCGGAGGAGAAGCAGCUCUUAGACUCGAUGGCCGAGGUCGAUUCCGGUUGCGAGGUGCAUUUCUUCGAGACAUCUUGCGCUAAGAAGGAAGGCGUUGAUGCAGCUCUGACCAAGGGAUGUGAACUUCUGCUGGAUCGUCGCGUGGAGCAAAAGGUGAAGACCGGUAAAGCUGAUCAGUUCAGGAGCCGGUUGCACAUCACCAACGUCACUCCACCUGCCAAUCGACCGC